UUUAAAAUUUUUUUAAAAUUUUUUCUUCAGCAAAUGGCCAAAUUAGAAAAAGAAACAACAAAUCCAACAACAUUUAAUAUAGAAACAACUCCAGAAAAAAAUUUGGAACAAAAUUCUUCCCAAGAAUCCUCCUCAAAAGAAUCAACUCCCGCCACCACCCCCCAAGAUUCUGAUAAAUUUUAUGGAAUAAUUAAAAGGAAGUGGUCUAGAAAUAUUGAAAAUAAAUUGGUAGAACACGUAGGGAAUUCUACUGUACAUCCUUUAGCUCAAAAAAUUGCUAAAAGAGUUGCUAGUCAUGCUAAAGGGUUGAAGUUGUUGGCGGAAGAAGGCAAUGAAAUAAACGAUGCUGAAUAUGCAACAAUUAAAGUAUUAGCAGCAGACACUCUAGCUUUUAUUACUUCCGGAAUUGAAGCAAUCAUUGAGGAUGAUGUAACUCAACGGUUUGAAGCUGCACAAUUACCAACUUGGAAUUUUUUGUCGAGGAGUAGGGGUGGAUUGAGAGUUCGGUGGUAUUCCUAUUGUAUCUGGGCUAUUGGAGCAUUUAUUCGUUAUGGCUUGCUUUUUCCUUUUCGCUUAUCAAUUUUUAUUGCUGCCAGUUUUUUAAUGGGAACACUUCCGGCACUUGUUGGCUAUAUUCCAAAUGAAAGUCUCCGUUCAUGUUUCUACCAGUUAUCAAUGUUAAUGUGUAUGAGAAUGUGCAUGCGUGCAUUUUCUACAAUUAUUACUUUCCAUGGGGAAGAAAAUAAGCCUAAAAAUGGAAUUUCUGUUGCAAAUCAUACUUCUCCUAUUGAUGUUAUGAUUCUCUCAACCGAUAAUUGUUAUGCAAUGGUGGGACAAAGACAUGAUGGUUUCCUUGGGUUAAUCGAAAAAGCCUUGGAUAGAGGAGCUCAUCAUAUAUGGUUUGAACGGGUUGAGAGUAAAGAUAGGCAUGCUGUUGCUAAGAAGUUACAAGAACAUGUAAAAGAUCCAUCAAAAAUGCCUAUUCUAAUAUUCCCUGAGGGGACAUGUAUUAACAACACUUCCGUUAUGUUAUUCAAAAAAGGGUCUUUUGAAGUGUCUUCUGUGGUUCAUCCUAUAGCUUUGAAAUAUGACAGCCGUCUAGGGGAUCCUUUCUGGAAUAGUCACCGUCAAGGCUAUUUGUCCUAUUUACUUGGUAUGAUGACUUCUUGGGCCCUAAUUUGUGAUGUUUGGUAUUUACCUCCAAUGCAUCGUUUGGAAGGAGAAACAUCCAUAUCCUUCGCUAGAAGAUGUCAAAGAACAAUAGCCCAAAAAGGGGGUUUAGUAGAUUUGGGUUGGGAUGGAAAUUUAAAAAGAACAAAAGUCCCGGAACGCUUGAGAGAUGAACAAAAAGAAUUAUUUUAUCAAUAUUUGGUACAGACAACCCCUAUAUGUGAAUGUGGAAGGGCUAGUAAUGAACAAAUUGAAAGUAUUCAAAGGGGGAUACACCCUGAAGUUUUUAAUAAUAACGAACAAAAAACAAAUAAUGAAGUCGAGAAUGAAACGAACGGUUAA